AAUAAGCUUAUAGAGUAACUAAUGACUAUACAAAUGGAUGCAUGUUGCAUUAUGUCAAUCUACCUAUAAAUAAAGGUGAUAGGUUUCUUAUCAUCUAAUCAUAGAAGAAGAAUAAUAAUAAAUAAGAAACAUACCAAAUUGUCAUAAACAAAAAACCAAUCAGAUUGUGCAAGCACCACAUUGUUCGAUCAUUUCAAAUCAUAACAAUAAUAAGCCAUGAUUAGUUAUUUGAAAUGAAGUAUAUCAUCUUGAGUUGACUGUGGAAUGUUUAUUAUUACCAUUAAUAUUAAUAUUAAUUAGACUUACAAUUAUCCAUGUAAGUUAAUUCAGUUCUAUACUCAACAUCCAUUCAUUAUAAUUAGAUCCAAUAGAAUUAGAUUCUAUUGAAAAGUAUAAUUCAUUCAAAUCAAUAAAGGAUCAUUAUUCAUAAUAAUGGAAUGGAUUCAAAUAAUGAUCUUAUUACAAUUCCUAUUAUUACUACCAUCAGGAUACUAUAAUCAUUUUAAUAAUCCAUUAUUAAUUCCUAAAAUUUCAUUAAAAUCAAUUAAAAUUCCUUUAAAUGAUUAUUUCAUAAAAUAUUCCAAAUCUUCUUUAAUAUCAUCAUUGUUAUCCCCCUCAUCACUAUCCCCAUCAUCAUCAUCAUCCUCAUCAUCCUUGAAGGGUCAUCCAUCCAAUAAUGUUUGUUUAUUAUUACAUCUACCUAAUAUAAAAUCAAUAAAUCAAUCUCAAAUUAAUUUAACAAAAAUCUAUAUAAAAUCCAAUCAUAUUUUAGAUCUUAAUAAUAAUAAUAAUAUAUGGGCUAUUUUUCAAUUAGAUCAUUCACAAUCUUAUUCAUCAUUAUUUGUAACAUUAAAAUAUUUAAAUCAAUCUUUUGAUCAUUAUUCUAUUCAAUAUCCAUUAUAUCAAUGGAAAGAUUAUAUAUAUAUAUUUAUGUUGAAAAUAAUCAAUAAUGGGGAUGAUGGGGAUAAUAAUAUUGAUUAUCAACUAUUUAGUGAAUUAUCCUCUUCUAUGUAUCCAUCUUGUUUAUUAGAUAAUAAUCAUUUUAAUGAUUUAUCAAAAUUAUGUAUUUCAUUAAUUCAUUGUAAUGAUCAUUUCAUUGAAAAUAUUCAAGAGAUUAAUUCUGUUCGUGAUGUUGUAUUAAGACGUGUAAGACGUGAUAUAUCAUCAUCAUCAUCAUCAACAUCAUCAUUGAAUGUUUCAAAUAGUAGUACAACAAUGAAUGAAGAAAUAAAACCUGCACUUAGUCCAGGUUUAUUAGCUGUUAUAAUUAUUAUACCAAUCUUAAUUAUUAUUGGAUUAAUUAUAGGUGGUUAUUAUUUAUAUCGUUGGUUAAAAAAACGUCGUGCAUCACAUGGGAUAUAUCAACCAAAUUAUAUGGAAAAUGAAUCUAAUAUUAUAAAACAACAACCUGAACCACAUACCAUAGUGAAAAUACCGAAUGAAGAAAGAUUAAUCUAAAUAUAAUUAAAGGAUUCGAUUCAUUUAAUACUUUUUUUUUGUGGUAUUUUUUUUUCAAUUGUAUUAUGUGGUAUACUUGUUUCUAUGGUUUGUUUUAUUCAAAUUGUAUAAAUGAAAUAUAUAAAAUAUAUAUUCUCUCUAUUAAAA